UCAAGAACGAGCUCUUUGUGAUUGUCUGCGGUUCCAUGGCGACUGCAUCCAAUGAAGCCACGAGCAUCUGCAGUCACUGAUCUAUUCCUUCUACAAAUAUUGAUUUGCAUUAUGUUCAUUGCUCCCGAAAUCUAGAAAGAUGUAAACAUUGUGGUGACAUGGUUCCCAAAAAACAUGCUGAGGAACAUUACUUAAAUACCCAUGCUUCGGUAUGUGAAUUUAUCUUAGAAAGUCUUUUUACCAAGUGGAAUAUUAUGUCAUGUAUUUCCAAAGGACGUAUUCACUGUUUUUUUAAAUUAAGGAUUUUUCCUCUUUUUAAUUUUGUUGUUUGUCAAGGAACUUGCAAUUGCCUUGGCAAAAUUUAUCUGGAAGGAAUUGCAAGGUCAAGUUAAUGUUGCCACAUAUCCUUUGGGCAGGAUCUUGUACCUUGUUCUUGGUAUUUCUUGCUGAAGUAGUUGCAGUAUGGGAUUUAAAAAAAAGAAAGAUUAUAAUUAUGGCCUGUCUUCAUAGUAGAGCAGAGAAGUUUGUCAAGAGGAAUGGAGCCUGCCGUUGCCACACAUGCUGUGUGUGUGAACUUUUACCUAAUGGGUUCUUUGGGUUUCUUACUGAAGCAGGUAUCCUGUUCACUCUGUAGUGAGACAAUGGAACGUGAAAUUUUAGCUGUUCAUAGGGGUGAAAAUUGCCCCCAAAGGAUUGUCACAUGUGAAUUUUGUGAAUUUCCUUUGCCUGCAAUUGAUCUGUCAGAGCAUCAGGAAGUAUGUGGCAACCGAACAGAAUUGUGUCAUCUGUGUAGAAGGUACGUUAGACUGCGUGAAAGGAAUGACCACGAAGCCAACUGCAAUGGUGUCUCAUACGAUAGUGUUGGUGUACCUGAUAAUACUGUCAGUCCUUCCAGAAGGGAUGCUAGGGCAGCUGAAAGAGAGCAAGGUGGGCGGAGAAGGCCACCACAGGAGUUUUCACAGAGACGUGUUCUAUUCACCAUUGCAAUAACAGGCAUUGCUGUUAUAUUAGGAUCACUCUUCUUCCAGAGGAAGACUGAGAACACUGAAAUGCAUUAGCAGCAGGAAAGAACUUUAUGGUGGUGUAUUCAUUUUGUCUGGAACUGAAUUAUUUUGAGAAAAUACUGCAAUAACCAUUUGAACACAUAAGGAUGCCACUGAUAUAUAAAACAUAUAUUAUUGACAUUUUAUUCA